AGUUGUUACUAGUGACAAUGUGGAAAAUAAAUGGACAGCUCCUGCAAUUAGUUGCUGUUUUAACAGCAACAUUAUGCGCAAUUUCCGAUGGGAUGCAAUAUGCUUGGACGGCGCCGAUGAUUCCCAUUCUUCAGAAUCCCGAAUCUGCUUUCUCAGUAACACAUACAGAUAUCAUUUGGCUUGAAACCAUCUACAUGAUAGGAGGACUUGCUGGAAUACCAUUCAUAAUUUACGGCGUUAACAGAUUCGGGCCUAAAAUUACGAUUUUAAUCGGAACCGUAUUGAGCAUCAUAUCCUGGAUAAUGAAAGCAUUCGCGCCUUCUACGGUAUACUUCUACGUGGCGAGAUUCAUCAGCGGAUUUGCGGCCAACGCUGAUUUCGUAGCGGCACCCAUGUACAUUAGUGAAAUAGCUGACAAGAAUGUGCGUGGAUUUUUGGGAUCGUCGAUCUAUCUAAUGAUGUUGUUGGGAAUUGUGAUAAUAUAUUCGGUGGGACCGUAUGUUUCGAUUCUCGUGUCAUCGGCGGUUGGCUGCUCAUUUCUGGUUGUAGAGCUUCUCAUUUUUCCCUUCAUGCCUGAAUCACCAUACUAUCUUAUUUCUAAAGGAAAAGUAGAAGAGGCCAAAAGAUCACUGCGGUUGUUACGUCCGACAUCGGACAGUAUCGACCAAGAAUUGGAAGGAAUACAAUCUAAUGUGAGAGCGCGCCAGGAGGACACGAAAAAGCGACAUUUUACGGAUUUGAUCACCAUGAAAGCGAGUAGAAAGGCGCUGACUAUAGUGACAACGCUAAAUUUCGCACAACACUUUAGUAGUUACAGCGUCAUUCUGAUGAAUCUUCAUAUGAUAUUGGAUUAUGCGGAAUCAUCAUGGGGUUCGAAUGAGUCUGCAAUAACAUUUUCGGCGGGUAUGUUGGGAGCCGCUCUUUUCUCAUCGUUCCUAGUUGACAGAGCCGGAAGACGAAUUCUGCUUUGCGGGUCAAGUACUUUGGCUGGCCUUUCCAUUGUAACUGUAGCAACGUUCUUCGCCGUAAAGCACGCAGGAAUCGACAUCACCGAUUAUAGUUGGGUCCCCUCUGCAUCAACAUUGUGUUACGCAGUGUUUUUUAAAUGCGGAUUGGGGUUAAUCCCAAUAGUAUUGACUGCCGAACUCUUUCCAUCAGAUGUGAAAGCCAUGGGCAUGGCGCUAGCUUCAGCAAUGUACAGUGUAUCUUCCGCUGCAUCUACGUACCUUUUUCACUAUUUAUAUGAAGCAUAUGGAAUGCAUGUGCCGUUUUACGUUUUUGGAGUUUGCUGCUUUCUAACUACACUUUUUGCUUACUUCUAUAUACCAGAGACCAAAGGUAAAACUUUAGCCGAAAUUCAAGUUAUACUUAAUAGCAGUACAACGACCAAACAGACUAAGUCUGAUAUACAAAUUGUGUUAUCCAAAUGAUCUUGAUCACCACUUCCAAAUCCUAGAACAAUGACGUAACUUAUUUAAAGGUCGGCUGGUUUUUAAUCCAUUUCAUAUGUAAAUAAGAAAUAGAAUAGGGCCCAGUAUCGAUCCCUUAGGAACUCCUGUUUUUACAGAGGUAUCAUAGGCGAAUCGAUAAUAUUAUAUCUGACAUAUUGAUGUCGAUUAUUUAAGUACGAUUUGUAAUUUGUAAUACUUUAGCUUACGUACGUAGGAAACGACAUCAAAUGCUUUUGUAAGAUCUAAAAACGUUGAAGAGUAUUUUGUAUCAUAGUUUUUUAUGAAUUAAAUAAAAAAUAAAAAAUGAUUUUAGACGUUAUGUUAAUAAUGACUGAAAGAUAGUGCUGAUGGAAUUGACUAAAUAAAAAAAAAUUCUUCUUCAGAAUUACCUCAAAUAUUUUAGGAAAUAUGCGUCUAGGUAUGAUGGGUCGAUAAUUACAUGUUGAGCUGCUAUUCAGUUUCUUAAAAAGGGGAAUGGCAUUCGUUGAUUAAAUUGGUUAAUGGAUAAAUUCCAAAAUCAGACCAUAAGUUUCUUUACACUUGGAAUUAUUUGAAACUCUAACUGCAUCUGUGAUCUCAACAUGUGACACCAACGCACAAAAAUUACGUUCACACAGGAGAUAAGUAAGAUAAUGUAUUUUUCGCAAUUCGUUUAUUAGUUAUGUGGUGUUUUUAUAAAGCCCUCAGUAAAUAAUUCAGCAUUAAUACCUAUAUGAAGUUUCAGAGUCAUUGGUAUUGCAAUUACAGUUUUUUAUUAAUUUCCAUGCAGAUUUUAAAGUGGAGUGGAGUACUUGUUUCAAAGAAUUUUGUUACCGUUUCCUACUACAUUUCAAAUACUAGAUUUAAUUGCAAACCUAAGUGGUCUGAGAAGUGUGUAUUUAAAAUUAGAAAAUAAAUUAAACGUUGCCAAAUUGUCACAUAAUUUACCACGAAUGGAAUUGACAUUGAAAUCACCACGAACUGAUACGUAGGUACCUAUCAUAGUUAGUCGAUGCUCUAUCCAAUAUAUUCAAAAAUGUACUUCAUUUCCCCAUAGGUGAUGUAUAAAUAGAUAAUAUUGUUAAAUUAUUUGAGGGUAAAAUAUACCACAUAUUUCUCAAUGUAUCUCUUUAGAUAACUAGGCUGUAUUUUAAUUAUGAAUCUGUAUAUUUUUUAUCUCAAGUUCUUUGAGACAACGUUCACACGGACAAAUCACGUCGAAGUCUCUAUCUAUUAGAAACACAUCUAAUCACAAAUCUUUAGGUAGGAAUAUUCGUACUAAAUACUAUGCACUAUAAAAUAAUAGAAUAAAUAAUAUAAUUCGCGUUUAUGUAUGGACUAGAAUGCGCAGUAGAAUUUGUAGUAAUU